GAAAUUUUUCAAAAUCCGGUUCGGUUUGACACUGUUGAAAUUAAAUAUUCAUUUGAAGCCACUGUCUUACUUUAAUUAAGCAGCUUUCCUGCACGUAUUCUUUCACACCAUAAGACUGCGAGGUCAAACGUAAAAUAUGAAAAAACCAACCCUCUGUGUGGGGCUAGUCUGUGUUGAUGUUGUUGCUGAAACUGAAGGGUUUCCAGUAGAGGACACAGAUCAAAGGAUUCCAGACCUCUCAUACAGAAGAGGAGGAAAUGCCUCCAACUCAAGUACUGUUUUGGCACAGUUGGGGAUGAAAUCAGAGUUUUUGGGAACACUUACCAAUUCAAUGCAACUUGAUUUCAUCCGUGAAGAUUUUUCUAAACACUGUGUUACAAUUGAACAGUGCCCUAUUUUUCCUGAUUGUGAGUUUCCGACAUCUAUUGUUAUUAUUAGUACCAUUAAUGGUACCCGGACCAUUUUACAUCAUCCAAAAAAUUUACCGGAGUUGGAUAUUCAACAUUUCAGCAAUCUUGAUUUAACCAACUAUUCAUGGAUUCACUUUGAGGGGAGGAGUACCAAUAUCGACAACAUCAAGCAAAUGAUAAGAACGGUGCGAGAACGUUUAGAAUAUAUGAAAAUAUCUGUCGAAAUUGAAAAGGCACGUCCUGUUCUUGAUGAACUUCUCCCAUUGGCAGACGUGGUUUUCGUAUCGAAAGAAUAUGCAUACUUUUCUGGCUUCCGGACAAUGAAAGAAGCAGUCGAAGGAUUUCUGGACGUGACAAAACCGGGGACGAUUGUCGUUUGUGCUUGGGGAUCAGAAGGAGCGGCUGCAGGACAGAAUGGUACGGUUGUAUCCCAAAGUGCGUGUCCACCGGUUCAGAUUGUUGACACUCUCGGAGCUGGCGAUACAUUUAACGCGGCAUUCAUCUAUAGCCAAGUCAACCUGUGGGAUUGGGAGAAGGGGCUCGAGUUCGCAUGCCAGAUUGCCGGCAACAAAAUUGGUCAAAAAGGAUUUCUAGGAAUUGGACGGUUUAAGCAUCCGGUAGAAGCAUUACUUAAAUCUCAACAACAAAGAAGUCUGGAAAGGAGUCGCCGUCAGCCGCACGUUUACAACUUCGGAGAGCGUAUUCCUUCACCAUUUUCCUCAAGUGAUCAUCGUUUCUGCACCAUGUCUUACCACGACGAAUCAGACGAGUAUCCGGAUGGGGCGGUUCGUCUUCGCAAUCCCAACAUUGAGCUGAUGGACCAGGACAUCCUGUAUCACUUGGCGCUGGGAAGCGGAAGCCAUGACCUUCACCAAAUGUUUGGCGACGUUAAGUUCAUUUGUAUGGGAGGCACACCGAAACGCAUGGAACAAUUUGCCAACUUUAUUAUGGAUGAGAUUGGUUACAAAUUGCCAGCUGGAACAACUCUGCUGGACAUCUCUCAAUACUCCUAUCGAUACUCUAUGUACAAAGUCGGCCCGGUCCUUUCAAUUAGCCACGGAAUGGGUAUUCCAUCAGUUGGGAUUCUGCUUCAUGAAGUAAUUAAGCUGAUGUAUCACGCUCGUGUCAGGGAUCCCGUCUUUUUCCGUCUGGGAACAUGUGGUGGCAUUGGUUUGGAUGGUGGACAUUUGGUAAUCACGGACGAAGCCGUCGACGGCAUGAUGAGACCAUACCUUGAAUUGCCAGUUUUGGGUAAAUUGGUCCAAAGACCUUCCAAGCUUGACGUGGAGCUGGCCAAAGAAUUGCAAUCACUUUCAACUCAAGACGAUCCUUUUGAAACUCAUGUUGGCCGAACUAUGUGCACUUAUGAUUUCUAUGAAGGACAGGGACGUUUAGACGGAGCGUUCUGUGACUACACUGAAAAGGAAAAGUUGGAAUUCUUACACAAGAUCCAUGAUAAUAAUAUUCUCAACAUGGAAAUGGAAUCCUUGGCCUUUGCUGCGCUCACCCACCAUGCCGGCAUUCGUGCUGCUGUCAUCUGUGUCACACUGCUCAAUCGCCUUAACGGUGACCAGGUGGCUUCGAGCAAAGAAGUGCUGAACGAAUGGCAAAAUAGACCACAGGCUAUCGUGGCACGUUACAUAAAAAAGCACAUGGGCAUGACGGGCCCGGCUCCACGUCCUCCUCCACCUGGACCGAAGACGGUGGUCAACUCGAAAAAACUCAAGUUCGUUCGCGAAGAAUCUCAAAGCUACGAAUAAGCUCAGAUGCACAGGGUUCCAAAAGCAAACGGACUUGGCAGAAUACCCGGAAAGAAAUCAAGGAAAUUUCGGAGAAGAUUUGAUUAUUAUGUCAGAAUCAAAGAAUCCAAUCAGUAUUUUAUUCGCAUUUGAUUAUACGGGAAAUGCUAAAACGGUCGCGUUAUCUUGUUUCGCUGCGAGAUCAACACUUGCGUUACGUAGUUAAUCGAUUUGUCGUUAGAGAGCGUGUUAUUUAGUAUGUCUUGUAUUCAAAAGUUUUCAAAUGUGUUUCUUUUGUACACAACGAAAGCUCUUUCCCCUAUUCUGAAUGUCGUAGUCCUCGAGUCCUGUAAAAAUGUGGCCCUUCUUAAUUGGAAUGGGAUUCCUGUAAAUUUUUUUUUUUUUUUGCGCACUCGGCAUUACCGCGUUUAGUUCUUGUUUAAAAGGCGAAAUUAUCUGAGCAAUGUUUGUUCCAUACAAUAACAUUCCAAACUUGCGGAACGGCCGGUCUUCUUCAAUUUUGUUUAAAAGCAAAUCAAUGAUGAUCACCACAUUCCGCUAACGUUGAACUGUUCUAUUUAAUUGCAACUGCUCUUUGGCUAUUGAAGUUUUGGAGCGUCGGUCGUUUUCUUAUUGGUAUCUCUUCAGCAUCUUCAUGUAUUCCAUGGUGUUUCCUAUCAAUUACAAAAGAACAAAAAAACAAAAAACAAUUUAGAGGCAGUCUUUGAUGUAUAGCAUACGUCCAUUUCGUCGUGCAUCCGAUUUCCCAUCGAAACGUAGCGAAAGGGUUUUUUUAUUAUCGUCUGCAUGUUCAAUGUGUAUGCAUUAUGUCUGUGUAUGGGUGGGUGUGGGUUUAGAGAUGCUAUCUCUUCUCCUUUUUCCUGCAUUGUUAACGUCUCUGACAAAACGCAUCCGUUAUAUCAGUCGUGUUGACUCAACUUCUUUUCCCUUUUCACCAACUAAUGUUAUGGAAAUGGUAAAAAAUUAAGCCACAAGAAGGAAGGAACUAAAGAAAAACAACAAUAGGAAAUGCGAAUUAUUUUUUUCUUUUUCUUAUCUUAAUAUUCUUUGCGCGCUUGACGUUGCACGAUGUUUCUCAAUGGAUGUCACAUAAAAACACAAUAAAUAGACGGGCCGCAUUCAAAUCUA